AUGCUUCGCUGUCUGGCAGUGGUGCUGUUGUUCCUACUACGCAACACCCUGUGCUCUCCGACCGGAAUCCGGGAUACUUCGGACUGCAGCAAUACGAGGAGCUCUUUGACACUUUUGUAUCAAAAUAACCUAAAUGCAUCUGACGACAUUAACCAUCGAGGAGCCAUACUCUUGGAUCCAUUGAAUAUCAGCCACGGUGCUUCUGCGUGCUCUGAGCUUGGAGAAUCUCUCAUCACAAAACAACAGCUGCAGAACUACAGCCAUGAUUACUACCAUCUUCUGGCCUACACGGACAGCUUGAAACCUGAGAAGCGGUAUCUCAUACAAGAUGGCAUUGUGCAGCGUGGGGGCAGAGGCGUCGAACUACAAUUCUCGACUGCAACUUCGAAGGACGGGACUUUACCAGUUCUCUGCACUCAAACAUCUCUGCAAAAUGGUCCAGAUGCCAAUGCCUCGACCAAUGGACAGAUUGCUUUACUUUCAGGCGGUAACAAGUACAUCGGCUUUCGAAACCAAAAGUCUUUCCGCUUCCAAGGCAUCCCGUACGCAGACAAGCCAGAGCGGUUCCAGUACUCGACUAUGUAUAGUGGAAAGGGACAGACAAUAAUGGCCACAUCAUACGGCUCAGACUGCACGCAGGGCUCUCAUCCCUGGAGUGGCGAAGAUUGCCUGACCCUGAACAUACAAACGCCAUACAUCCCGAGAGAAGGGUCAAAAGCAGGACUGAGACCCGUGCUCUUUUCGAUUCACGGAGGCGGAUUUGUGGGCGGCAGCGCGAACGGGACUGACGGUCAAGAUGGCGGCAAUUUCGCAUCCAGAGAGGAUAUCGUCAGCGUGGAAAUCAACUAUCGUGUGUCGGCUAUUGGCUUUCUGGCGAUUCCUGGCACUGAUAUCAAAGGAAAUUUUGGAAUUGGUGAUCAAAUAACGGCGCUACGAUGGGUUCGUGAUAACAUCGCGCAAUUUGGCGGUGAUCCAAAUAAAGUUACCAUCAUCGGCGAGUCGGCUGGAGCAGGCUCUGUGCGCACGUUGCUCGGAUCACCUGUGGUCAUCAGGGAGAAGUUGAUUGCUGGUGCUGUUGCACAAUCGAAUCUUGGCGGAGGCGUCACUCUGGGCCUAGAUGGCAACUAUGGGACGACAUACAGCUCCUACUACACAGUGAACCAAUCGUGGACCAUAGCCGGCCCACAACUUUUGGCAGAGACUGGUUGCAACCAAACUAGCCUUCAAGCUCAGAUCUCGUGCCUGAAGCUUGUACCAGCCUCCAAAUUGGUCACGCUGCAGACGGCUCGAUAUGUCGUUCAAGACGGCACAAUCGUCAACACCGAGCAACUUAUUGUAAGCCGCAACAAUGGCUCCACGGCUCAAGUGCCGGUCAUAUUUGGCGUCACUCGAGAUGACGGUGCCUCGAUUCACCCUACAUGUUUCUACCCCAAUUCGACUAUCACUUCUAUCUCAGACGGCAUCCAGCAGUCACUUGGCAUAAGCGCACAAUACGCCCAAGCCAUCAUCGACAGCGGCCUCUUCCCUAGAUAUGAUACCGGCAACCUCACACUGGACGCUUUCAACAUCUCGCAGCGAGUAGCAACAGACACCAGCUUCCGUUGCAUAGAUGAAGCCACAGUGUAUGCUGCUUCGAAGUCGCAGGCAUUUCCGAAAACAUAUUACUACGAGAUGGAGCGGACAUACCGAGGCUACGAUCCAAACAAUCUCGGUGAGCUCUCUCAGGGCACCAUUUCUGCUCAGUAUCCAUAUGGCGACCCCAACUCACCCUACUUCCGACUCCAUGCUUCAGAUCUUGGCUUCACUUAUGGCAAUCAGAAUCCGCUUCGUGACAACGCAGAUCUCCUUGCGAGCCAGCUGAUUUCGGGCUACUUUGCUCAAUUUGUGAAGACAGGCGAUCCCAAUCCAGACUUGGACUAUCUCAGACUGAGAGGCUACCACGACCAGCUGAAGUCUGUGCAGGAAAGCGGUGCUUGGCUGCCGGUCGAAAACGAGACAGGGCCUGCCAAAGGGCUCGACUAUCCUUCUCGGACCAUGACCUUUCCAGAUAUGGAGCAGUGCAAGUUCUUGAAUUAUUCGCUUUCGUACUAUCUGGAAGGUGGAUCUUGA